CCGGCAGGGGUUGUAAUAAGAUUGCAUGCAUCGACUCGCAACCCAAUUGCACGUACAGCGAGAUAUCAACAAUGCGGACGUCAAGAAAAAAAGCUUAAGGUAUGGAGGUGUGAGGCGUGAAAACCUCACCUCGUUCCAGGAAUGUGUUAUAUUAUGCAUGCCGUUUGCCCCGACUCAGCGUGACACCCGAACUGCCUCAAAGCAUCAGCUGUAGCCAAUCAAUGACAGGGCUCUCAGCACAAGCCUUCGAGUCACUGCAGCCUCACCAAAAAAGUUUUCUUCGCUCUUUGCCAAAGGCGGAAUUACACGCACACCUCAAUGGAUGCAUACCUCUCGAUUGUUUGACCACACUCGCCCUAAACACACUAAGGAACGACGAAACCCAGCCUUCCUUGGUUCAAGAGGGUCUUCGAAUCCUAAAAGCAGGCGUUACCCUGAAUCGGAUCGAGGAAGCCUUUGAUCUGUUCCCAGCUAUCCAUCACAUCACAUCGACACCAGAAGCCAUUGCUUCUGCCACAUCGGCUGUGCUAGACUCUUUCCUGGAGCCCAUUUCGCUAGGUGUCCCCCCCCAAUGUGCCUACAUAGAGCUUAGAACGACCCCUCGGUCGUCAGCCUUCAUGUCCAGGGAAGAGUAUCUCUCAGCUGUUUUAGGAGAGGUCGUGAAGCGGGAUGGUAAAGCCUCUCUGAUCGUGAGCGUUGAUCGACGGAUGUCUCCACAGGACGCAGCAGAGUGCAUCAGCCUCGCGAUCCACCUACGUGAUUCUGGUCAACCUAUUGUUGGAAUCGACCUGUGUGGUAAUCCCUCGUCCGGUGAUAUGAAAGCGUUUCAUACGCUCAUGGACACAGCUCGUAGGGCCCAACUCCCUUUAACCGCCCAUAUUGCUGAGACGGAGAACUCUGCAGAAGACACCACUGAAAUACUUUCGUGGAGCCCUCGACGACUGGGGCAUGCAACAUUCUUGGAUACUGACGCAACUCUGAAAGUUUUCAAUGAGAAGAUACCUAUUGAAAUAUGCCUGUCGUCAAACCUCUGUUGUAAGACAGUCAAGACUCUGUCAGUUCAUCACCUUCGUUCUUGGUUGGAACGAGAUCACCCCGUCAUCAUUUGUACCGAUGACACCUUACCAUUUGAGACAAAUCUUGUGGCUGAGUACGCCUUGCUCCUAGCGCAGCCGCCUCUGGGACUUGGGUUCGACGAAGAAAAAGUGCGACGAAUUGCUCGAAUGGGAUUCGAAUACCGGUUCCCACGAAAGUAAGAGGUUCCUAGCGCGAGUGUUUGAUUUCUUGCACAUAGUCGUACGCUGUGGCCGACUCACGCUGUUGAGGAGUCUUGCUGUUGGAGUGUAUAUGGUUUCCUCAACUUCAUAAGUUUCUGUUCCAAACUUGUCGCUUUCUAAAUACGAGUGUAGAUUUAACUUGUUUGUGCUCUUCAUUGUUAUCGCAUUAAUCAACAGCCUAAAGAGUC